UUCCCUGAUGCUGCGGACCCCCCGGCGCUGCUCCUCAGAUCCUGGGGUUGGAUUGUGCGUCCCUGAAGCUAUGCUGUCAGAGUGUGCUAUGGGUUUACAAGAGCAACAAAAGGUGAAUAAAUCUCUGAAGUUGGUGUCAUUUGAGGAUGUGGCUGUGGACUUCACCUGGGAGGAGUGGCAGGACCUGAAUGAUGCUCAGAGGACUUUGUAUAGGGAUGUGAUGCUGGAGACCUACAACAACCUGAUGUCACUGAAUGUCCAGUUAGAUGAUGACAUAGUGGAGAGGAACCAAGAAAGUCAUGGGAGAUGCUUGGAGCAAAUUGUAAUUACUAACAGCAACACAUCAGCUGAUGAUAGAGUUGUGUUAGGAAAAUCAUUUUAUUUGAAUUCAUAUCAUGUUUUAAAUCAGAUUAUAAAUAAUGGAAACUAUUCAGGGAAGGGACAUGAGGAGUUUUACAGAUGUCAGAAUGCACUUUUUCCUAGAGAGCCUGAUGAGAUGCCUGCUGGAGAGAAACCUGAUGAUCAUCAUAUAACUGGAGAAUUGCCCAGACAUCAUGAGCAUCUUAGUCAGCAUCCCAAUAUUCAAACUGGGAAGCAGCCUUUAGAAUACAGUGGAAAAGGGAAAUCCUCCAGCACAGAGCCAAUAAUAUUUACACAUAAAAAUAUUCAUAUGGGUGAGACCACCUAUAAGUAUAAUGACUAUGAGGAAAACUGUGGUAAGUCAGCUGUCAUUGCCCAAGAAAUAAAUGAGGCAGAAAGGAAAAAUUUUCAAUGUGAUGUAUGUGGGAGAAUGAUCUAUAAAAAAUGUAAACUUAGUAAACAUCAGAUUAUGCACACAGGAGAGAAACACUGUAAAUAUACUGAAUAUGAGAAAUCUUUUAUUAAGAAAUUAUACUUUACCUCACAUCAGAGAACACCUACACAGGAGAAGAUUUAUGGUUGUAAUGAACAUGGGAAAAUUUUUUGUCAGAAGUCAGACCUUAUAAUGCAUCAGAGAAUUCACGCAGAAGAAAAGCACUAUGUAUGUAUUAACUGUGGAAAAAGCUUUUGUGAGAGUUCAUGCCUCAGCCAUCCUGAGAGGAUUCACACAGGUGAAAUACCAUAUGGAUGUAACAGAUGUACCAAAUUUUUCUACUAUAAGUCUGCCCUCACUGUAUGUCAGGGAAUUCACACAAGUGAGAAACCAUGUAAAGUAUAUAAAAAAACUUUCUACAGUAAUAAAUGUGGUAAAACAUUUCACCAAAAAUCACACAACAGCAGCCAUCAGAGAACUCACACAGGUGAGAAACCAUGUGAAUGUAAAGACUGUGGAAAAACUUUUAACCAAAAGUCAAACCUCAGCAUUCAUCAGGGAGCUCCCACAGGUGAGAAACCAUAUGAGUGUAAAGACUGUGGAAAAGCUUUUAAUCGAAAGUCAAAACUCAGCAGGCAUAAGAGAAUUCAUACAGGUGAAAAACCAUAUGAAUGUAAAGACUGUGGAAAAACUUUUAACCAAAAGUCAAACCUCAGCAUUCAUCAGAGAGCUCACACAGGUGAGAAACCAUAUGAAUGUAAAGACUGUGGAAAAGGUUUUACCCAAAAGUCAGACAUGAGCAUUCAUCAGAGAAUUCACACAGGUGAGAAACCAUAUGAAUGUAAAGAUUGUGGAAAAGCUUUUAACCGAAAGUCAAAACUUGUCAUUCAUCAGAGAAUUCACGUGGAUGAGAAACCAUACGAAUGUAAAGAAUGUGGAAAAAUGUUUAACCAAAAGUCAUACCUCAGCAUUCAUCAGAGAGCUCACACAGGUGAGAAACCAUAUGAAUGUAAAGAAUGUGGAAAAACUUUUAACCAAAAGUCAGUCCUCAGCAGGCAUGAGAGAAUUCACACAGGUGAGAAACCAUAUGAAUGUAAAGACUGUGGAAAAGCUUUUAACCGAAAGUCAAACCUCAGCAUUCAUCAGAGAGCUCACACACAUGAGAAACCAUAUGAAUGUAAAGACUGUGGAAAAGCUUUUAGCAAAAAGUCAUACUUCAGCAUUCAUCAGAGAGCUCACAGAGGUGAGAAACCAUAUGAAUGUAAAGACUGGAAAAGAUUUUACCCAAAAGCCAGACAUCAGCAGGCAUGAGAGAAUUCACACAGGUGGGAAACCAUAUGAAUGUAAAGAAUGAGGAAAAGCUUUUAACCAAAAGGUAGACCUCAGAAGGCAUGAGAGAACUCACACAGGUGAGAAACCAUGUGAAUGUGAGGAAUGUGGGAAAACAGUUUACUGGAUCUCACCAUAAUAGACAUGAACAAAUUCACACAUGAGAAAAUCCCAAUUAAUGUAAUGACUGUGGAAGAAAUUUUGCCGUAAAUCGCACCUCACGUUUCAUCAGAGUACUUACACCAAGAAGAAGCCCUAUAAAUGCACAACUGUCCGUUGGUAUUGGAGGUUGGUUCCAGGAGCCCCUGUUGAUGAAAACACUUGCAAAUGAUCAAGCACUUUCUAUAAUAGUGUACUGUUUCAAUAUUACCUGUGAAAUUUUUUCUGUGUCCUUUACAUCUUGAGUAGAAUCAUUAUAUAACUGAAUAAUAAGGAAUUCCUUGUAAAUAGUUGUUAUACUGUGUUGUUUUUUACUUGUAUUAUAGUUUUAUAAGUGUUUGGUUGAAUCAGCAAAUGUGCAACACUCAGAUAUAGAAGGGGGUCAGUAAUUGUGAAAACAUCUUUUUUCAGCAGUUACAGGGUUGGCUGUAGUUAGCAUAUUGUUGGUUAGAGCAUGGUGCUGAUAACACCAUGGGUCCCUGUACUGGCCAGCCACUGGGAAUAAAAAAAAGAAAGUAAAGUAAAAAGAACUCACACUGCAGCAGACAUGAGGUAAUUUAUGGGGGUGGGGGGAGAAUUCUGCAUGGAUUAGAUUGGGUAUGUAUUUUCUAAAAAUACUUUUUUUCUCUUGUACACAUGCCUGCAAUCUCAGCAUUUAAUUAUUGUGUGUGGAACCAUGUAAUUUUGCUGUGUUCAGGGGAGUACGGAUAGAGGUGAUAAACAUUAC